AAGUAACAGUUGGGGGGUUACCUUUGUGAGUCAGUAGCAGUUAGUCACCGUCUCGGCGUUGUCCGUGAAGAACGUAUGAGGUGCAAAUUAAUUGUACCUGGUAUUUUUUUGUCAUUUAUCUUAUUUAUCUUAUCACCGAUAUUAUUUAUCGUUACGUUCAUAUUAUAUACUGUUAUUAUUAUCAAUUAUCUAUCGCGACCGAUUAAUAGUGAUCGUAUUAUAUACCUUCCUUCUAGCGCUUAGCACAGCCGAAUAUCAUUAUUAAUAUUAUCUACCGUUAUAAACACCGAUAUUUGGUGGUGUUCUUACCUAUCGCGAUUGAUUAAUAGCGUUCAUAUUGUAUACCGUCGUGUUCCUUCGGUUGGCACAGCUGAUUAUUGUUAUUGAUAUUAUCUACCUAUAUUGAUAUUAUUAGCGCCGAUAUUGUUUAUCGUAGGUUUCUUUUCUAUCACGACCAAUUAUUAGCGUUUGUACAUAUUAUAUACUGUUGUGCCCCUUUUGCCGUCUGGCAUAGCCGAAUAUUAUUAUUGAUAUUAUUUAUCGUGUUAACGCCGAUAUUAUUUUCCUUGUGUUCUAUUCUAUCGCGUAGCGCGAACGAUUACUAGCGUCGAUUUUAUUUAUCAUCGUUCUCGCGUAAUUAGACAUUUGUGAUUCUAUAAUAUUUACCAUCAUCACAUAUGUAUAUAUAGCAUUAUAUUUCUGGCGCGCGUCCUUUUCUUUUCUUUUAUUAUUCAGUCGUACCUGUUACUUGUUUUAACAAAUAAACCGAGCCGAGAACCCCGAGACUCACCAGCUUAGAAACAAUUCGAAAAGUUCGCACUAUCCUCCCUCCCACUACCCCGUUUCAAAAUCGCGUUCUACGCACCAAAAUACGCAAUUAUACAAAGUUUCAGCGAAAUCAGUGAGGUGGCCUGUAUUCUUCAUAAUUACCAAAAGUAGAAAUACACUAGAAAGCUAUGACGCAGGAGAGACAAGAUAAGCUUAAGCAAAUGGAUAUAGAAGCUGAAGCUCUAUCUAGAGCUCUGAGUAACAAAGAGCAUGAGAGUUCAGAAAAUAUCAAGACAAGAAACAAAAGUCAGAGUCCGGCUGGUUCUGUAAUAAACAAAAUAAAAGAGAUCAAUAUAGAAAGUAACAAACACUCCAAGGAAAGUCAACAGAUCAGUGAUGAUUCUCAAAGUAGUUCCACAAACAAGAAACAAAGUCAGAGUACUGAUAAAGGAAUAUCUCUCACGGAUACGUAUGAGGCACGUGAUUCUGAAAAGUCCAGAAAAGAAGUCAGAGAGAAAGCUAUUCGAAUGAUGAGACAGUCUGGAUAUGAUGUAUCUGUCCUGGAACCAGGAGAAUUUGCAUUAAAAUAUGCACUUUCAGCACCUUAUCAUCUAUUCUAUACAAGAGUAGAGAAAGCAAAGGAAACUUACAAUCAAAAGUUUUCCAUAACUUUCCCUGAGAUUCUGGACAUUAGUUUUGGGGAGAUAGUCAACAGUCUUCAUUUGACUUAUAUAUUAGAUGUUGAAUGGCUGUGUUUGCAAUAUCUAUUGGCUGGCCAAAGUACUAAUAUGACGAUUCUGUAUGGCGAAAGAACAGAUGAAGAAGAAUUAGAUGACAAUAUUACUGCGGUACAAGUACAGAUGCCGUUUGAAUUUGGAAGUCAUCAUACUAAGAUCAUGAUCUUGCAGUACAAAGACGAUGGAAUCAGGGUGGUCGUCUCCACUGCCAAUUUGUAUUUUGAGGACUGGCAGAAUAGGAUGCAAGGGAUGUGGAUUUCGCCUCAUUUACCUCGACUGUCGAAGGCUGCGAAACGCUGCGGAGAGUCACCGACAAAUUUUAAAAAGGACCUGCAACGAUACCUAAACAGCUAUCAGAAUCCUGCUUUAAAACGAUGGAGGGAUCUAGUGAGGAAGGCGGACUUUUCCGCCGUAAAUGUGUGUCUCAUUGCAUCUACACCGGGAUAUUUCAGACGCACCGACGUAGAUUUAUGGGGAUACAAAAAAUUAGCGAAUGUUCUGUCUCAACAUGUCAUGCUGCCAUCGAAUGCACGGAAGUGGUCUAUAAUUGCACAAAGUUCCGCUGUAGGCAGUUUCGGUCCAAAAUAUGAGGGUUGGUUGUCAAAGGAGAUAAUUCGGUCUAUGACGCGGGAAACCAAGCGAGAUUUAAAAAACUAUCCGAAAUUCCAGUUUAUUUAUCCGUCGGUGAAAAAUUACGAGCAGAGCUUCGAUUAUCAAGAUGACAUUUCGUGCUUUUUAUAUAGCAGGGAGUUGCAUUCCAAGCAGCAGUGGAUCAAAUCGUACUUAUACCAGUGGAAAGCGAAAUCGGGAUGCGACCAAGCGAUGCCUCAUAUUAAAUCCUAUACUAGGAUUUCACCUGACUUGAAAAGAAUUGCAUGGUUUGUACUAACCAGUGCGAAUCUCAGCAAAAGUGCGUGGGGAGUCCAACGAGGUGACUAUUACAUCACGAAUUACGAGGUCGGCGUUGCGUUUCUACCAAAGUUUAUCACUGGGACAAGAACAUUUCCAAUCACGGACGAGGAUCUAACCGGCCCGAUAUUUCCGAUUCCAUACGACCUUCCACUGUGCCCAUACGAUUCGAGUGAUAGUCCUCUUUUUACACGAGUAUAAUACGUCUGAAUUCUGCUUUCUGAUCCGAAAAAAGAGAUUGAAAUAUAUUAGUUCCUAUUAAACUUCACCGCGCUAAAUGCGAGACGGCAGAGGUGAAUGUUUUGCAUUAAAAAGGAUUCGAUUCAUUUCAAAUAUGCCUCGCAUUCAAUUGCAAUAGAUAAUUUUCAAAUGCGAACUUUCGCAUUGAAAAGUAUUCACUUUUUCUCUUAAUUGUUUUCGGAUUCAGAGGCAUAAAAGAUUUUCAUGUUCUAUUCCCCGUCGCAUUGAAAAAUAUUGGCCCGCGAUCCAAUCAGAGAUUUCCGUAAAAUAGAAUUCACGACGAAAUCUCGUGAAUGCGAAACAAUACUUUUAAAUACGACAUUUUAUACAGGGGAGUAAGGUUGUGAAGUUUCCUCCGAUGCCACCAGUUUUUUCUUUCAUAUAAAUGAUAAAGUAUUCUUG